AUGGCUGCAAAGGCACCCUUGGUUGUUCCUGCCCUGAAGCGGCACACGGCUACUGUCAUAGUUGCUCAUGGGCUUGGGGAUAGCGGGGCUGGUUGGAUAUUUCUAGCAGAGAACUGGCGACGUCGUAGCAAAUUCGAAGAAGUGGCCUUCAUCUUCCCUAACGCCCCCAACAUCCCCAUCACCUUAAACAUGGGCAUGCGCAUGCCAGGCUGGUACGAUAUCAAGUCCCUUAGCUCGCUCGACGCCCGCGAAGAAGACGAGAGCGGCAUCAUCGCAUCCCGCGACUACUUCCAUUCCCUGAUCGACCAAGAAGUUGCUAAGGGCAUACCUACGAACCGUAUCAUAAUCGGCGGCUUCUCACAAGGAGGCGCGAUAUCGUUACUAUCCGGCGUUACAUACAAGAACCAGCUAGGAGGAAUCUUCGGGCUCAGCUGCUACCUGCUCCUGCAGAAGAAGCUCAAGGACAUGAUACCAACAGAAAGCCCGAACCAGAACACCCCUAUAUUUAUGGGUCAUGGCGAUGCAGACAAUGUGGUUGCGCACAAGUGGGGAAAGAUGAGCGCUGAUGAGCUCCUGAAGCAUGGAUACAAGGUCGACUUCAGAACCUAUAAGAACCUGGCGCACUCAGCCGACCCUGAGGAGAUCGAUCACCUCGAAGCAUACCUAAACCAGCAGAUACCCCCUCUUGGCGACGUCAAGUCCGAGACAUCCCUCUGA